ACACAAUCCGCGUCAGGAUAUUCCUCACCAGUUCAUCACUUAACGCAAUAAGUUGACGGGCAGAUCCUCCUAUUUCAAGAUGAUUCAGCAAAAGAUGGUGUUGAGGCUGUCGAUGGCAGACGACAAGAGGCGGGCCAAGGCUCUCCGAACUGCUGUCAGCAUGCGUGGCGUUGUAUCGGUGAAGCUGGAAGGCGAUAAGAUUGUUGUGGUGGGAGAUGGAGUCGACUCGGUGAAUCUAACGAAGUUGAUGAGGAAGAAGAUCUGCAGCUACGUGGAGCUCCUCAGCGUGGCAGAAGAGAAGAAAGAGGAGAAAGAGGAGAAAAAGGAAGAGAAAGUAGUAAUGAGUUGGCCCAACCAUGUCAGUUUCGUGCCCCAAUACGUUUACUCCAUUCCGGAGGAGCCAGGGUUUGGAGGACCAGGUUGCAUAAUAUUGUAG